AUGGCGGAGGUUCCGAUUGUCCUGGAUGGCGGAACUGGUUUCCUGAAGGCCGGCUUUGCCGGGCAGAACUUCCCCGACCACCAAUACCCCUCGAUAGUCGGCCGCCCGAUCCUCCGCUCCGAAGAACGCGAUGGCCUGGACAUACAGCUGAAGGACAUCAUGUGCGGUGACGAGGCCGCUGCCGCCCGGUCAAUGCUACAGAUCACCUAUCCCAUGGAGAACGGCAUCGUGAAGCGAUGGGAUGACAUGCAGCACCUGUGGGACUACACCUUCUUCGAGAAGAUGAAAAUUGACCCUACCGGCCGCAAGAUCCUCCUCACCGAGCCGCCCAUGAACCCCCUUAAGAACCGCGAGCAGAUGGCGGAGGUCAUGUUCGAGCGCUACAACUUUGGCGGCGUCUAUGUCGCUAUCCAGGCCGUCCUGGCGCUGUACGCCCAGGGUCUGUCAUCCGGCGUCGUGGUGGAUUCCGGUGACGGUGUCACGCACAUUGUGCCCGUGUACGAGAGCACCGUGCUAAACCACCUCACGCGCCGUCUGGACGUUGCGGGCAGAGAUGUCACCAGGAACCUGAUUGCGCUGCUCCUGCGGAGAGGUUACGCGCUCAACCGUACUGCCGAUUUCGAGACGGUCCGUCAGAUCAAGGAGAAGCUCUGCUACGUCUCUUACGACCUGGAGCUGGACCAGCGCCUCAGCGAAGACACGACCGUGCUCGUCGAGUCGUACACCCUCCCGGAUGGCAGAGUCAUCAGGGUUGGUAGCGAGCGUUUCGAGGCUCCCGAGUGCCUGUUCCAGCCCCACCUAGUCGAUGUCGAACAGCCCGGCAUGGCCGAGUUCCUCUUCAACACCAUCCAAGCCGCCGACGUCGAUGUCAGGUCGGACCUUUACAAGGCUAUUGUGCUCAGCGGUGGUAGCAGCAUGUACCCCGGUCUGCCCAGCCGGUUGGAAAAGGAGCUUAAGCAGCUCUGGUUAACGAAGGUUCUGCAAGGCAACCCGGAGAGGUUGAACAAAUUCAAGGUCCGCAUUGAGGAUCCUCCGAGGAGAAGGCACAUGGUCUUCAUUGGUGGUGCUGUCCUCGCCAACAUCAUGUCGGACAAGGAGAGUAUGUGGGUUACCAAGGCGGAAUGGGAGGAGCAGGGCGCGCGUGCCUUGGAAAAGCUCGGCGGUAGAUGA